CUGGGCACUGGUAGCUCUGUAAUCACUGUUAACUGAGAUGCUUCUGUCCAUCUCCUACAGGUGUUCUUCGCUGUGCUCAUAGGAACCUUCUCCCUGGGCCAGGCGGCUCCUAACCUGGAGAGUGUGGCUAAUGCACGUGGGGCUGCCUAUGAAGUGUAUAAAAUUAUAAAUAAAAAACGGCUCAUAGAUAGCAGUUCUAAGGAAGGCUACAAACCCGACAAGCUCAUAGGAGAAAUUGAAUUCAGAAACAUCCAUUUCAGCUACCCGUCCAGACCUGAUGUUAAAAUCCUCAGAGGCCUAAACUUGAAAGUUCAAACCGGGAAGACCCUUGCUUUAGUUGGUGCCAGUGGCUGUGGAAAAAGCACUACUGUUCAGUUGCUGCAGAGAUUCUACGAUCCUGUCCAGGGAGAAAUUACCUUAGAUGGUCGGGAUAUUCGGACGCUUAAUGUAAAGUGGCUACGGGAAAAUAUUGGUAUUGUGAGUCAGGAGCCCAUUUUGUUUGGAACAACUAUAGCUGAGAACAUUCGUUACGGCCGAGAAGAUAUUUCUGAUGCUGAAAUUGAGCAAGCAGCCAAGGAAGCCAAUGCUUUUGACUUUAUAUCUAGACUGCCUGAUAAAUUCAACACCAUGGUAGGAGAAAGAGGGGCUCAGCUGAGUGGGGGACAGAAGCAGCGAAUAGCUAUUGCCCGUGCCCUGGCCAGAGAUCCCAAGAUUCUUCUUCUGGAUGAAGCUACGUCUGCACUAGACACGCAGAGUGAAUCCAUAGUGCAAGCAGCUCUUGAUAAGGCUCAGGCUGGACGUACUACCAUCGUGAUUGCUCACAGGCUGUCUACCAUUAAGACUGCUGACACUAUUGCUGGAUUUGAGAAUGGCAUUGUGGUUGAACAAGGAACACACAGUGAGCUCAUGUUGCAGAAGGGAGUCUACUAUUCUCUUGUAACACAGCAGAGUUGUAGCAAUAACAUUCAAGAUGAUGGGACAUCAGAAGAAAGCGAAGACACAGGGGCUGAGGAAUACAAGGAAAAUGACAGAAAUGACCUUGCGAAGGAGCUGACUCAAGAUGGUUUUGAAGAAUCGGUGACCUCUGGGAGAGGCAGCAUUCGAAGAAGAUCCAGCAGACUUAAGAGCAAAAGCAACUCUUCUAAGAAAAAAUCCUCUGAAAAAAAGAAAAAAAAAGAGCUAGAGGAAGAAAAUCUCCCUGACGUGCCUUACUCGAGAAUCUUGGCUCUGAACAAACCUGAGUGGCUAUAUGUACUACUGGGAGUGAUUGCUGCUGCCGUCUCAGGAGGGGUCCAUCCUGCAUUCGCUGUUAUAUUUGGAAAAAUCAUUGGGGCUUUUCAAGAAACAGAUCCAGAAAAGAGGAAUAAAAACACUGUGGUGCUUUCUUUAAUGUUUCUUUUACUUGGAGCAAUUAUCUUAGUAGCAUACAUAAUCCAAGGAUUCAUGUUUGGUAAAUCUGGAGAAAUGCUAACAAUGAGACUGCGCUCUUUGUCCUUCAGAGCGUUACUUCAGCAGGAGAUUGGAUGGUACGAUGAUCAGAAAAAUGCUGUUGGUGUUCUGUUAACUCGGCUUGCCACAGAUGCUUCCCAAGUCAAAGGGGCAACUGGAAACCGACUUGGACUGAUGGUUAUGACUGUUUUUACCCUGCUGACUGCCAUCAUUAUUGCAUUCGUAUAUGGCUGGCAGUUAACUUUGCUUAUCCUGGCCUGCGUUCCUUUCCUUAUUGGCGCAAACGCUGUGAAUGUUAGCUCUAUGUCUGGUCAUGCCACAAAAGAUCAAAAAGCUUUGGAAGAAGCUGGAAGAAUUUCAACAGAGUCAGUUGAAAACAUAAGAACUGUAGCUUCACUGACCAGGGAAGAAGCAUUUUAUGAAAGAUAUGUUAAAAGUUUGAAUGGUCCAUAUAGAGAUGCUUUGACAAAAGCUCCUUUGCGUGGAUUUGUCUAUGGAGUAGCUCAGUCUGCAAACUACUUCAUUAAUGCAGCAGUCUACAGAUUUGGAGCAUGGCUUAUUGCUCAUUGUCUGACCAACUUUGAAAAUGUAUUUAUUGUCUUCUCUUCCAUCGUAUUUUCAGCUAUGAAUGUUGGUCAAUCUGCUUCUCUGGCACCAGAUUAUGGCAAAGCUAAAAUGUCAGCUCAAAGAAUCUUCCAACUUUUGGACAGAAAACCUCUAAUUGACAGUUACAGUGAAGAAGGUGAAAAAUUGAGCAAUUUUGAAGGCAACAUUGAAUUCAGAAACAUCCAUUUUGCAUAUCCAACAAGGCCAGAAGUUCAAGUUUUGCAAGGACUCAACAUGAAGGUUAACAAAGGACAGACUCUGGCAUUAGUAGGAAGCAGCGGCUGUGGCAAAAGCACGUCCAUUCAGCUCUUGGAGAGAUUUUAUGACCCUGCGAAAGGACAAGUGUUAGCAGAUGGAUUUGAUACCAAAUCUUUGCAUUUACAAUGGCUGAGGUCCAGACUAGGCCUGGUGUCCCAGGAGCCCAUUUUGUUUGACUGCAGCAUUGCUGAAAACAUUCAAUAUGGAGACAACAGUCGGGUGGUUAGUCAGGAGGAAAUUGAAGCAGCAGCUAAAGCAGCAAAUAUUCAUACCUUCAUUGAAAACCUGCCAGAGAAAUAUAAUACCCGGGUGGGUGAGAAAGGAACACAACUUUCUGGAGGUCAGAAACAAAGAAUAGCAAUUGCUCGUGCUCUGGUUCGUAAUCCUGCCAUUCUGCUUCUGGACGAAGCUACCUCUGCUCUUGAUACAGAAAGUGAGAAGAUCGUCCAGAAAGCUCUGGAUAACGCCCGGCAAGGUCGAACCUGCAUCGUCAUUGCGCACCGCCUGAUGACUGUACAGACUGCAGACGUCAUUGCAGUGAUCCAGAAUGGCAGGGUGGUUGAGCAGGGCACCCACAGCCAGUUACUGGCAAAGGAAGGACACUACUAUGCCCUUGUAAAUGCCCAAGUCUCUAAUUAA